AUGCUUAUAGCUUGGCUGAAAAUAGCCUCUGUGCUAACAAUCCUUUUUAUUCAGUUUUAUGACAUCGAAGCUAUAACUACAACUGUUUACAAGAAAGCUGAAGUUGUGGCUGAUAGCUUUGUUUUGUUCAGUCCAGAAAUAACAAAAGAGCUCAGAACUUCUAAAACUCAGGUCCAAUGUGCAGCUGCAUGUAUCCUCACACUGCCAUGUAAUGGACUAAGAUUUGAGAAUGGAGUUUGUGAGUUAGGAACAGUAUUCUGCUGGGGACCUCCAGGCGAACUUAUGAGUAUCUACCAAACCGGACCUUGCCUUCCUAAGAAAGCUGGGGCUA